AUGGCCCAGUUUGUCCGUACCCUCGCAGGGAAGGCCCCAGUGCCGGUAAAUGCUGCUGUGACUUACUCUAAACCUCUAUUGGCCACCCUUUGGCAGUAUGCCAACGUUGAGUUGCUUCCUCCAACCCCUGCUGAGAUCCCAACAGCUAUUCAGAGGUUGAAAAAAAUAGUCAACAGUGCUCAAACUGGUAGCUUCACACAGCUCACAGUUAAGGAAGCUCUGCUGAAUGGUUUGGUGGCCACUGAGGUGUGGAUGUGGUUUUACGUCGGGGAGACCAUAGACAAGCGUGGCAUCGUUGGCUAA